AACUCAUCACGUUGCAAAUGACUGCUGGCAUUUUACCGCUGCUGCUUGUCUUGGGGAACCAUUCUGCUCCAAGUGCUAUUUCGGCAGCUUUUGAUAAUUUCAACGCGAAAUAUUUAUAUGGAGAUGCCGCGGCUAGGAUUUUGGACAGUAAUAGGUUUGAGGAUGAGUAUGAUUUCAUCAUCAUUGGCGCAGGAAGUGGUGGAUGCGUAAUGGCAAACAGGCUUAGCGCAGUUUCCGGUUGGAAGGUGUUGCUCUUGGAGGCAGGAGAAGAGGAGAAUUUAAUGCUUAGUGUUCCUUUGCUGGCUGACCUUAACGUGAGGACAGAUUAUAAUUGGAAAUAUGCUUUUGAACCAACUCCAUCAGCUUGUGUUACCCUGCCCGGUGGAGUUUGUCCUGUUCCGAGAGGUCGAGGUCUUGGUGGAAGUAGUUUGCUCAAUUAUAUGGUGUAUACUAGAGGUCACCACAGGGAUUAUGAUAAAUGGGCUGAGGCUGGUAACCGUGGUUGGAGCUAUGAAGAUGUUAAAAAGUACUUCGAAAAAGGAGAGCAAAGCUUUAUUCACCCUUCUUUAAACUCUUUCAAAUCACCUCUACUGGAUGAGUUUAAGCAGAGCAUCUUUGAAUCUGGCUAUGGGGAAAUAACUUCAAAAAAUAGAUCUCAAAUUGGCUAUUACAAGCUUCGAAGCACAACCAUCCGAGGACAACGCAACAGUGCUGCCCGAAUAUAUCUUCAUCCGGUUAGAAACAGAAGAAACUUGCAUAUUUCUGUUCGGUCUCAUGCUUCGAAAAUUCUGAUUGAUCCGGACACAAAACGAGCCUUUGGAGUAGAAUUCAUCAAAGAUGGAAGAACGCUCCAAGUUAAAGCGAAAAAAGAGAUCAUUCUGUCAGCUGGUACAAUAGGCUCUGCCCAGCUGCUUCUCUUGUCUGGCAUCGGACCGAAGGAUCACCUUACUAGCUUAGGAAUACCUAUUAUCAAAUCACUUCCGGUUGGACAGAACCUGCAUGACCAUUAUGGAACCGUACAGCUUAGGUUUCAGUUUAAACAAAAACUUCCGGAAUGUAGCAGCAAUGAGGCUUUUUCGAAAUAUAUCAACGAGGGAUCUGGACCUCUUUCUGUUCCUUUUGGAAUAGAAUCAAUAGGCUUUCUUAAAACGGCAUCGUCUCAACUACCCAAAGACUACCCCGAUUUCGAAGCCAUAUUUCUAGGAAUUCAAUUACAACGCUCGCAAUCUAAGGCAUUCGCGCUUCUCGGAUUGGAUCAAAUUCUAGAUGAUUUGUUUACAAUCAACAACAAUAAUUUUUCUUCAUUUACGUUGGGAUUUUUGUAUCUGCAACCUAAGAGUCGAGGGUACAUUACGCUCAAAAGUGGUAACCCUUUGGAUCAUCCGAGGAUAGUAUCCAACUAUUUUUCCCACCCUGACGAUAGUGCAAAUGUUCGUGAAGCCAUCAAACAAGCCAUCCGUGUAGGGGAAUCUGAGCAACUUCUCGAAUUUGGAUCGAAACUAAGCGAAGACUUCGCUCCAAACUGCAAGGGCUUUUCCAUAGAAACAGACGACUUCUGGGACUGCUUUAUGAAACAUUAUAUCGUCUCGGCUUACCACAUUGCUGGGACCUGUAAAAUGGGUCCAGAUGGGGAUGCCAGCGCUGUAGUAAAUCCGGAACUUAAGGUUCGUGGUAUUAAGGGGCUCCGAGUGGUGGAUGCUUCCGUUAUGCCUUCACCGAUUGCUGGACAUCCCAAUGCAGCUGUUUUUAUGAUAGCCGAAAAAGCUGCCGAUAUGGUUAAGUCCAGUUGGAAUUAGCAGAUUAGCGUCAUUGGAUGAUUCAUCAUACUUUUUUAAAUUUACAAAUCAAUUAUGAUGGAAUGAUAGAAAUACAGCGAGACAAUAAAGUUCCCAAACUUUUCAAACAUGCUUCAAAACUGUAACCAUGCUUAGGUUUUAGAUAAAAACCAUUUAUCUACCAAAUUACAAGUGACAUUCUAUGGAACAUAUGGAACCAACAACAUAAAACGAAAAAAAAUCAAGAUUUUCUCGAAACUCUAUUCAGUUCCAUUCUUAGGUGAUUUACGGUACCACAUCGUGAAACAGAGAUUUAAUUCGCCGUACUGUUUCUAACCAUUCAUAUAAAAAAAACUGAACACCCCUCAUUUUGUAGGUGUAUGUCUAUUUGGAUUUUGACAUUAGAUCUUUAGUUAUCAAAAUGGCGUCCAAGCAAGAAGAGCUACGAAUCAAAAUUUUAUACAUGAGCGUGGAAAUCCAAACUACAGGCACGCAGAAAUAGCAAAAUCGUUGAAUGUGGCCAAAUCAACCGUCACCAAAGUAAUAAAAGUGUUCGGGGACGUUUGUCGAAAACUAGGAAGCCUGGAUCGGGGUGAAAUCGAAAGUCGGGCGCAGCAGUGACGAACAGAAGAGUGAUGAGCGCUUUCAAGCACUACUCCAAACCUCUCCGUUCGAGAUGUGGCAAAUGAGUUGGGAAUAUCGUCCACAACCGUGCAGGAAGCUAAACAACGAUUCGAACUAUCAACUUAAAAUAAGGUAGUGACUCCAAAUCGCAACGAUAAGCAAUACUCUACAGCACAAAAACAAGAUCUUGGAAGCUUUAUACGAGAUUGUUGAUAAUGUUUGAUUGCGUGGUAAUGGACGACGAAAUCUACGCCAAGGCAGACUUCAGAUAGCUUCCUGGAGAAGAAUAUAACACAGCAACCGCAAGGGGAAAGGUGACAGACAUUUUCAAACAUAUUAAACUAUCAAAGUUUACUUACUUACUUAAUGAUCCCGCGCCGAUCCUCCGGUGCAUAGGGCCGUGGUAAAAGACCUCCUCUGUUGACGAUCCGGAGCCAGCGUCUUCACUUGGUCCCAGUCAAGAUUCUCGUCGACAGUUCGGAUUUCUGCGGCUAGGCUUCGCCGCCACGAGUUUCUGGGUCUGCCUCUUCUUCGAUAACCUUCUGGAUUCCAAUCUAGCACCUCUCUGCAAAUCUCGUUUUCAUCUUUUCGCAGCGUGUGCCCAAUCCAUCUCCACUUACGUUCCCGAAUUUCAAUUUCUAGCGCUCUUUGAUGACACCGGCGAUGCAGUUCCUCAUUCGAGAUCCAGUUACCAGGCCACCAAGCGCGGAUGAUAUUCCGCAGGCAGCGGUUUACAAAUACUUGCAGUUUUCGCGUCGUUACCGCAUAUGUGCACCAAGUUUCGCACCCGUACAGCAAUACGGAUUUGACGUUUGAGUUGAAGAUUCGGAUUUUCGUUUGUAGAGAGAUCUGGCGUGAUCGCCAGAUGUUUCGGAGACUCGCAAACGCAAAUCGGGCCUUUCUGAUUCGGGUUUCGAUGUCUUUUCACCAUCAGGCAUUAUCUGGCUACCAAGAUACUGGAAGCACUCCACUUUUUCAACUUGUUGCCUAGCUACCAUGAAACUGGAGGGAUUUUGUGUUGAUCUCCAUCGACUUAGUCUUUCCGACAUUGACUUUGGGACCUGCUGCCUUGGAACUUUCGGUGAGCUCGUCGAGUUUGCUCUGCAUAUCUGGUUGUGUUUGGGCGAGCAAAACAAUAUCGUCAGCCAGGUCAAGGUCGUUCAGUUGCUCCAUUGUUGAAGGAUUCCACGGCAAUCCUCGGUUCGGUGCACAGACAAUCGAUCCGAUCAGAAUCUCAUCCAUUACGAUUAGAAAAAGUAGCGGUGAUAGAAUACAUCCUUGUCUCACUCCAGCAGUUACCGGGAUUGGUUCGGACACGACACCGUCGUGCAAGACCUUGCACGAAAAUGCCUCGUAUUGUGCUUCGAUGAGAUGGACUAGUUUCUCUGGUACUCCUUUUCGCCUUAGAGCCGCCCAGAUAUUUUCAUGGUUAAGUCGGUCGAAUGCUUUUUCGAAAUCAACGAAUACCAGCAGAAGAGAGUCCUGGAAUUCGUUGAUUUGUUCCAGUAUGAUUCGUAGUGUUGUGAUGUGGUCCACACAUGAUCGUCCGGAUCGGAAUCCAGCUUGUUGCCGUCGGAGUGUAGCGUCGAUUUUCUCCUGGAUCCUGUUCAGGAUCACCUUGCAGAGUACUUUGAGGGUUAUACAGAUCAACAUUAUGCCUCGCCAGUUACCGCACUCUGUUAGGUCUUCUUUCUUCGGGACCUUUACGAGGAUACCCUGCAUCCAGUCGGCCGGAAAUGUUGCAGUAUCCCAAAUGUCAGCGAAAAGACGAUGCAACAUUUGUGCUGAUAGGGCAGGGUCGGCUUUCAGCAUUUCAGCAGGGAUGCAAUCGAUCCCAGGUGCUUUGUUGGAAUUCAUGUUUUUGAUUGCUGCUUCUAUUUCAGCCAGCGAGGGCGCUUCCGAGUUGACGCCAUUUAUGCGACUCACUGUUGGCGCUUCGAGCUGCGGGUUCUGUUGGCCAUCGCUAUUCGUGACUCGGAAGAGUUGUUCGAAGUGCUCAGUCCAUCGUUUGAGCUGAUCUGUUCGAUCGGUCAAUAACUGACCUGCUCGGUCUUUCAGCGGCAAUCUUGCAUUAGUCCUUGCACCACUAAGGCGGCGAGAAAUGUCAUAUAGUAAUCGGAUAUCUCCAUUGGCGGCGGCUCUUUCUCCCUCUUCGGCUAGGGAGUUUGUCCAGGCUCUCUUGUCUCGUCUACAAGCUCGUUUAACUGCCUUUUACAGCUCCGCAUAUCGUAAGCGGGCGUCUGCUUUGGCUGACCCGGUACAUGCCUGCUCAAUUCCGACUUUCGCCUUUCUCCGAUCAUCGACCAUCCUACAAGUUUCAUCCGACAUCCAUUCACUCCUUCUUCCACAAACUUUACCGAGAGUACCAUGGCUCGUCGUGAUAAAGGCAUUCUUGAUUCCACACCACUUUUCGACUGUUCCGUCUGUCGGCAGCUCCGAAGCUCGGGAUUCUAGCUGUUCAACGUAUGCCCUUUUCACCUCUGGAUUCUCCAACCUGUGGACGUCGUAUCGACACCCGACUUUCUGCUCGCGCCGUUGGACACGCGCAACUCUCAGUCGUAUCUCGCCAAGGACGAGGUGAUGGUUCUGUUCGGCCAUCUCGGGAUACCCAAGUGACCUUAUGUGCUGGUCGAUGGAGGAAGAGCGAUCCACCGAUCACCAUGUUGUUGUUGCCACAAAAUUCUACAAACAGCUCUCCGUUUUCGCUCAUCUGUCCUAGGCCAUGGCGCCCCAUCGAUCAAACAUUCUGAAAAAAUUUUGUUGAUGGUUUGGGAAGAGAAUUUGUUUUCUCUCUUGGCUGGUUUAAUAUACGGAUAAAUAGGUGAACGAUAUAUCGCAUUCUAUCAAGCAAAUUAGUGGAACAUAGUUUGCAGUACAUUCGGGAUCUUCAAAAAUAAGAAAAUUUUAAUUGUGCGCAAUGUGGAAUAAACGGGUGGAUGCAGUCAUCAAAAUGAAGAAAAACAGUGAAUAUAUUGGGAAUAAAUUAUUGAAUGGAUGGAAUUUCCAGAAUUUUUUUCAGUUUUGGUUCAGUCAGUGGUUUUUAAUGGGAGAAAAUGUGCACACAUGCUUUGAAACAAGUGAUGUUCUGGCAGAUUAUUGGGCUGUUAAAAAGUGUUUAGUAUUGGAAU